CGGAAGCGGACGGGGGCGGUGGCGGAGGAGCCUCGGGUGGGCCGGGGUUGCUGCGCCGUCCUCCACUACUGGCUCCUGGCGCUGCAGCCAUGCAGCCCCCGCCCCCGGGCCCGCUGGGCGACUGCCUGCGGGACUGGGAGGAUCUACAGCAGGACUUCCAGAACAUCCAGGCUCUGGCUCAGUGGCUCCCCAACUGGCCUGAGCCUCUCCCCUCCGGACCCCAGGAGACCCAUCGGCUCUACCGCCUGAAGCUGGAGGAGCUGACCAAACUUCAGAACAAUUGCACCAGCUCCAUCACGAGGCAGAAGAAGCGGCUCCAGGAGCUGGCCCUCGCCCUGAAGAAAUGCAAACCCUCCCUCCCAGCAGAGGCCGAGGGGGCCGCACAGGAGCUGGAGAACCAGAUGAAAGAGCGCCAAGGCCUCUUCUUUGACAUGGAGGCCUAUUUGCCUAAGAAGAAUGGAUUGUACCUGAGCCUGGUUCUGGGGAACGUCAACGUCACGCUCCUGAGCAAGCAGGCUAAGUUUGCCUACAAGGACGAGUAUGAGAAGUUCAAGCUCUACCUCACCAUCAUCCUCAUCCUCAUCUCCUUCACUUGCCGCUUCCUGCUCAACUCCAGGGUGACAGAUGCUGCCUUCAACUUCCUGCUGGUCUGGUACUACUGCACCCUGACCAUCCGGGAGAGCAUCCUCAUCAACAACGGCUCCCGGAUCAAAGGUUGGUGGGUGUUCCAUCACUACGUGUCCACCUUCCUGUCGGGAGUCAUGCUGACGUGGCCCGAUGGUCUCAUGUACCAGAAAUUCCGGAACCAAUUCCUCUCCUUUUCCAUGUACCAGAGCUUCGUGCAGUUUCUCCAGUACUACUACCAGAGCGGCUGCCUCUACCGCCUGCGGGCGCUGGGCGAGCGGCACACCAUGGACCUCACUGUGGAGGGCUUCCAGUCCUGGAUGUGGCGGGGCCUCACCUUCCUGCUGCCUUUUCUUUUCUUUGGACACUUCUGGCAGCUUUUUAACGCGCUGACGUUGUUCAACCUGGCCCGGGACCCUCAGUGCAAGGAGUGGCAGGUGCUUAUGUGCGGCUUUCCCUUCCUCCUCCUUUUCCUCGGCAAUUUCUUCACCACCCUGAGGGUUGUGCACCAGAAGUUUCACAGUCAGCGGCACGGGAGCAAGAAGGAUUGAGGCUGGGCCUUCCCCUGCCGGCCCAGAGGGGCUUCUGUCCUGUGUGUUGUGGGAGGGGAUGGGAGGCGCCCCUCGAGUGUGCGUGUAUCAGGGGGUCUCUUCUGUUCUCCCUUGGGUUUUAUGGGCUCUGUGGGCCCUGAAGGAAGACCUGGGCCCAGUGCCCUCAAUAAAGAGAGGCCCAGAGGUG